UAGAAUUUCCACACGGGGAGAUAAUGUCUGAAAAGCGAGAGACACAAUUGGACACGAAAUGCGCACGAAAUCUUAAAUCACUGCGUCCCGAGGUGGCGAAGGGUUAACGACCGGUAACACGUUUAAGGGUUGAAUCUGACAAUCACGUGUGUUGGCGAUGAGCCGAGGCGACGGCGGCGUUCCGCACGAUUGAGCGGUACACGGAUGCGCUGACACGACCCCGAUGACGGUGUGUCGAACCCCUUAAAGGGCGGCGCGCGGAAAUGGAGGGGCGCCUUUAGUAGGGCACGACUCGCGGCGACCGUGUCUACUGCUAUGUUGUCUUCGGGCCGGCUAUAUACAGUCCUGUUUCACUAAAGCGCUGGCCGCGUGCGCGAUUGCCGCCACCGUCGUCGGAUCGUCGGUCGAUCCCUCCUGAGGCCGCCCGCCGGAUCGAGCGGCAAGCACCCGGAUCGCUUCCUCCAGUCGGCGAUCAUCCUCGGCGCGGUCGCGCGACGCUCGGCAGAACGGCUGAUGAUAUCUCCCGCUCGAAUGGAGUAACGAUCUUACGCUCGCGAAGACAACUGCUGUGGAAGAUUUCGGAUCGUUAACGCUACAUAAUCGACGACGGGCCGCGUCCUCGAUGGUGAUCGACCGUCGCAAACUGCUGCAAACGAUCGAGCGAAUGAAGAACGGAUGAGGAAAGGGAUUUUCGCCGAAUACGAUGAAUAUAUAAGAUAAGAAGAUCUCGCGGAAGAUAAAAAAGGUACUAUGCUCUGAUAGAAAUUCAUAUUCAAUUGACAAAAAAAAAAGGUAUGAGGAGAGGAAAUCUCGGAUCGAGAAUCUCGUGAUGAGCGUCGUCGCAUUCACGUGACUCGUUUAUUUACGACUACACGUGAUAAAGAUCAACAGCAAAAAUGGUGUUCGACGCGAUGUGCGAGGAGCAGAGGAAGCAAUUCUUCAGGCAGAGCUAUGGCGCUCAUUUACCCGGGUACACGGGUCACUGUCCCACUCUCAAAUUUCGCGUCGGGAAGAGAUUCGGAGCAAACACAGAAGAAAUAAUGAGGGAACUGUUAGAAAAGAAGAUUCUCAAGACUGGACCAUACAGGCCAAAUUCCGGUAGAGAAGCGGAGUUACCCACUCUUCAGGAUAAAGAGAUCAGAAGAGAUUGGAAUAACGAAGCUGCAGCGUACAAAGCAUGUCCGUACAUUCUAGGGUAUACCGGAUACAUUCCUGGAUUCAGCAGCAGGUUUGGCCUAUCCUUCGUGAGAGCCGUGGAAGCCGGCGCCAAAGAGUGGCACGAGGCGCAAAUGAAGCUGAGAGCGCAACGCGACGCGAUGAGAGCUCAUGCCGAGCGGACGGAUCCGAGAAAUCUUCUAUCCCGUGCGAGAGCAGACAAUGUGGACAUUGAGAUCGAUCACGGUCAUGACAAAGACAGAAGGACCUAUGAUUAUCAUGUCUCCCCAGAAAGACCGCCGAUCGUCGGAUACACAGGCCACAUUCCAGGUGCAAGAGGAGAAGUCGCGCUUUCCAAGAGGUAUGCUCAGGCCGCCAGGAAGGGAUUAGAACGUGUCCAAAGAGAACGUGAAGAAAGACACAGCAGAGAAAAUGAGAUGAACGCUGUUGAGAGAGUCCUUGAUAAUGCGUAUCUCGACGAAACGGGACACACACGUGCAUAAAGUGACAACACGGGAAUAUGGUUUCUAACUGCAGCAUAUAAAAUGAGAUAAGAAUACAUUCAGACGUAUGUUGGAGAGGAGCAAGUUUAGUAUUGAAUAUAAUACAAGAUAUUCCAAACAUGCAUAUAUAACUUCCAAAAUUCUGCCAGAUUUUGCUAUACUUGAAGUUCUAGACAUUCGAGUUUCGAUUAACAGAUAUUUUAUACCUUUUCUUUGAUAGUAUCGAAAAGAAUAAUAGUAAAUAUAUACGUAUUAUGUUAGGAAACAAUUUAGUUGCAAAAUUAUUUGCGUCCGAAUCAAGAAUAUAUUAGUUUAAAGAUUAUAUAUUUUUUGUAUUCUAGAGAGUAUUUUAGGUAAUAAAAGUAGAUUUUACUAUGUUUUUUCUCAUUUUCGGACAUAAAUAAUUUUCAAUAUAGACUGAGUUUAGAAACAGAUAACAUAAUUAUUAAAACGUGGUGAAUGUAUUCCUCCGUGAAAUAACAAGUUUCUUAAUUUUUUGAUGAUGUAUUAAAAUGUGUUGAAUAUGUAAAACAGAUUUUUAAACUAAGAAACUCUCCGUAACUAGUCUUCAAAAAUAUGUAUGACAAUCGAGAAACAAGCUAGAUUGUUACUUUAAAAACAGCUACAUAAAUUAAUAUCUUAAUAUUCUUCUAUGUAGAGAAAUAAAUUUACAAAAACAUUAGUUAUUUCAAAUGCUUUGAGCUUCCAAUGUUCAAUAGAUUUCUGCACAUACAUGCACUAAGUACACAUACGUAUACGACCUUCUCACGAUCUAACACAUGGAAAGAAUAAACAUUUUUGGAAAUAUUUCUACCAGGAAAUAUUUUCAAAGAAAUGCAGAGACGAUUAAUAUAUAUAUAUAUAUACGCUAGUUCCAUUUCGAAUAAAAUAAAGGACAUGUUUGAACUUUAGAACUUACGAAAUGGAUUAUAGCUGAUGUAUGUACGUGAUAAACAACAAAGCGCGCAUAAUACUUAUUAGUAAAACUUUAUUUACUGAAGAACCAUGUGAUCUUUGCCUGUAUGUAAAUACAAGUUGAAUUAAACUUCCGUCCUGUUUCAUAGAGUAAUUAACAAUAUAAAAAUGUAUAUAUACAUAUAAAAUAAUAUAUAAUUUUUACAUUAAUGAGAUAAUUACAAAGAUACGUAGAAAAUAAAUAUCUGUAU